AUGUUUACGGCAAAGUUGCUUCCCACAAGAGCAGCUGCGAGUGCAUUCCGUCGAGCAUACACUAUUUAUUCCAAAAACGACCAAAUCUACCUCCAUGACGUAAACGGAAAAAUCGCUGCUUCAUUUUCAAAGGAUCCCAAGGACAUGGUGAUUGGCUACCUGAAUUCAAAAACCAUGAAUCCAGAACAAUUCCAACCUAACAAGGGCUUUUUAAAGCUUCUUAACUCGAACAUUCACGACAAAGUGACGGAAGACUUUACAUUCAUAAUGGAGGCUGGUGCCAACGCAGACACCUACAUGCCCAUUUAUGAUUUCAGAGAGAUUCCUAGGUUUGGCCGGACACCAGAAGUGGACAGUAUUUUUGGUUAUGUAAGGGUGUCUAGUGAUGGUAAGAUCAUUCCAAAGUCAUAUGAACCCAACGAAAUGUAUCGACUUUGCAACGGCGCAGGUUUGGUGAAGUUGAGCAACUACAUGUUGGAGCAGAUCCAGGAAGCAGUAAAGAGUAAUUAG